CCAGCCCUUGACUGCAGCAUGGCCCAAUGGCUGCAUGGUAAAAAAUGGUCUGGUGGCCAGGAACACAGCAGGAAGUGUCUGGGUGCCAGAACCGGAACCAGAUGUGCUCCUUACCACUGGGAGCACACAGCCACUGCUGAAUAUGCCAACUGCAUUUUUUCUCUAAGUGUAAUGGGUCACAGCAAGCUCCUGUGACACUGAAGUAUCAUCCCACUGGUGCAUCAGACCACCUGCAGCAACAUCAAGGAGCAGCCUGGGAUUUAUGAUGAUAACACUCAAAUGGAAAGGGGUGGGACAUAAGGAAGGAGGAGCCACCCAGAAGACGCACCAAGGAGGGUGCUCCUGAGACUCUGGCUGCUUGGUUCAUACUGGCCUCUAGAGGGAGGCUAAAAAACCAAAAUAACUCUAAACUAGGAAGCAGAGGCACUCUUCAGAAGUGAUACCAAACAGAAGAGACCGAGACCGAGACCGAGACCGGAGACACAAGUAGUCCUGCUUAUUAUUCUUUGCAGUAACAGGAAAUUGCAAAAGAAAUGCCAGCUGCCUCAGAUAACAAAUAAACAGCUUAGCAGUUGGUGGGGAAUGACCAGCUGUGUCACUAGUUAAGAGCUGUAAACCUGAGUCUCCCUAAGGAAAUCUGAAUCCUUUGGGGGGGGUGGGGGGAGGGGGGUGAUGUCCUUGGUGUUGCUGCUGAUACUUUGCCUAUAUGCCUGGGUCAGAUUCUGCCCAAGGCAAAUAAUUUCUGUAGCUGGGUGCUGAUAGACUGGGCAUAACUUACCUUCCUGCCCUCUGUGAAAAGAUGUGGUUAUUCUUCAUUUGCAUUUUAUAUUUGUUCCUGAAACCUAUAGGAACCAUCUGUGGCCACAACAAUUACACAGAAUACCAGCUGGGCAACAUGAACAUAAUUAUUUCUGUUCCACAUGGUGGAGCAAUGGAACCUGAAGACAUCCCUGAUAGAGAUGCUGGUUGUUGGAAUGCAAACAGUUCCUCUUGUAUCUUCUCUCAUGACUGUCCUCCAGGAACCAUUCAAGACUUUCAAAAGUGCAAGGUGGCUACAAAUCAAGACAGGUAUGUCAUAGAGGUAGGUCAGACUCUUGCUGAAGAAAUCAGAAAGAUUACUAAGGGCUUCAUCCCUCAUGUGGUUAUAAAUCAUCUCCAGAGAUUCAAGAUGGAUGCUAACAGAGCAAAGGAAGAAGCUACCUUUGGAAUUCCCCAAGCAGAAGAGGCCUGGGAAGACUAUAUGGGGUUUAUGAGGUCUGCAAAAUUGCACAUGACAGAAGGCCUUAUUGCGGAUAUCCAUGGCCAAGCACACCCUGAACAAUGGAUAGAAUUAGGCUACACCAUUUCAAAAGCAUCACUCAAUUCAGGGCUAUUUUCUGCAUCAGGCUCUUCUAUUCAAUAUCUUGCCAACCAGCUGGGCAAUGUCACCUUUGAAUCAUUGCUUAGAGGACAUAGAAGCCUGGGUAAAUUUAUUGAAGAUCAGAACAAAAUGUAUGUUUGUGUUCCUUCUCCAACCAAUCCUAGUCCAAAAAAUGGGAAUUAUUAUAGUGGUGGUUACAUUACAAAAACUUUUGGCUCUCGAUACUCUGGCACUGUUGAUGCCAUUCAGAUAGAGCUGCCUCAGUGGGUAAGGGACAUCAAAGAGAGUCCAAAAUUUAGUAAAGCACUAGCAAAGGCUAUAAUGAAUUUCUGGCAAACUAACUACUGCAUCCACAGCAGCCAUCAGCUUUUGGGAUGUUGAAAGAAAAAAAAAAUUACUUACAUUGCAUUGGCUAUUUUGUAAUCUAUGGUAAUUUUAUCUGAUACACUGGAAUAUAGAUUUCUAUCCAACUGACUUUUAAUUUAAUUGACUCUGAAUUCUUUAGAAGUAAAGUAGUGGUCAAGAG